AUGUUUGCUGCGUACGUUAUCCCAUGUCUACUGUUGGGCGGUCUCCAGUUCGCCGUUGCGCUCUCCGAAGCGUCUCAUACGCUGUGGUAUUCCCAUCCAGCCCUCAGGGACUUUUAUGAGGCCCUUCCAGUUGGCAAUGGUCGUCUUGGGGUCAUGAUACAUGGCUACACCGACAAGGAGCUUAUCCGACUCAACGAAGAGAGUAUCUGGAGUGGUGGGCCGAUGGACAAGAUUCCGCCAACCGCUCGCGAAGCCCUCGAACCCCUCAGACAACAGAUUCUCAAUGGAAAACUGACAGAGGCUGAUGAAAACUGGGUUGCAAACUUUACCCCUGAAUAUGACGACAUGAGACGAUAUCAGCCAGCAGGCGAGCUGCGGAUCGACUUCAAUCAUACUCUCAACUCCACGUCGGGUUACAGGCACUCUUUGGAUAUCUCGACUGGUUUGUCGUCACUUCGCUACGUUUUUAAUGGUGUCGAGUACACUAGAGAGGCAUUUGGGAAUUACCCAAAGAAUGUGCUGGCAUUCAAGCUGUCGUCGAACAAAACCAACUCCAUGGACUUCGAUAUCGCCUUGUCCAGGGGCAUGAAUGUCACCACGCUGGUUGUGGACGCCACAAGUAGAACUUUGAGACUAGAUGGCACCGGAGAAGAAGACGACACCUAUCGCUUUACAUCAAAGGCUCAGAUUGUACUCUCUGGAGGUGUUGGAAGCGUUAAUUCCAACGGGACGGCGCUUCACAUUCGUGGAGGAAACGAGGUCGUCAUUCUCUACACCGUAGAAUCCGCUUUUCGACAUCCUGAUGCCACAGUGGCGGAUCUAGAGGCAAUUGUUGACGACCGCCUGAGCGCAGCGGCCGAGGCCGAAUACAAAUUUUUGCAGAAAGAGGCCAUCGAGGAUUAUCAACAGUACUAUGAACGUACAUCUGUCGAUUUAGGCACCUCACAGGACAUCGGCGCCAAGGACACCAUAGCCCGCUUGGAGAACUGGAAGCGUGGCAGCAACAUCACCACGGAUCCUGAGUUGAUGGCGCUUCAGUUCAACUACGGAAAAUACCUGCUUAUCCAGUCCUCUCGGCCAGGCACUCUGCCGGCAAAUCUCCAAGGGAUUUGGAACAGAGACUUCCGGCCACCGUGGGAUAGCAAGUUCACCAUCAACAUCAACCUCGAGAUGAACUACUGGCUUGCGCAGCCACUCAAUCUGCCAGAGAUUGCGGAGCCUGUCGUCGACUUCUUAGACCGCUUGGCCGUCACAGGUCGCGAGGUAGCCAAGGGAAUGUACGGGGCCGACGGGUGGUGCUGUCACCACAACACCGAUAUAACAGGAGACUGCACACCAUUUCACGCAAUCACCAUCGCAGCUCCUUACCCUCUCGGCGGCGCGUGGUUGGCAUUCGAAGCAAUCGAACACUUCCGCUUCACGGGUGACGAGAAGUUCGCUCAAGAGCGCGUUUUACCCAUUUUACAGGGCUCCAUGGACUUCAUCUACAGCUGGGCCACCGAACGAGACGGCUGGUGGAUAACCAACCCAAGCUGCUCACCAGAGAACUCCUAUUACAUCCCGGAGAAUAUGUCAGUGGCGGGGGAGAACACCGGCAUCGACGCAGGAGCCAUGAAUGACCGCGCCAUAAUGUGGGAAGUGAUGUCUGGCUUUAUCGAAAUCUCCGAAGCUCUCGGCUCCACGACGGGCGUCGAGCGGGCCAGGGCAUUCCGGGACAAAAUCCAGCCUCCGGUUGCGGGCUCUUUCGGACAACUCCUCGAAUAUUCCCAGGAGUUCAGAGAGAAUCAACCGGGACAUCGCCACUUUUCUCCUCUAGUGUGUGCCCAACCUGGCACCUGGGUUACUCCAAUUACUACCCCCGACUAUGCGGACAUGGCGUACAAACUUCUUCGCCAUCGCAUGGACAAUGGUGGAGGUGGAAACAGUUGGGCCGUAACCUGGGCAAGCUUGUUGCAUGCGCGCUUAUUUGACGCGACCAAUGCACUCAAGUAUGCCAUGGAGCUCAUAUCUCGAUGGGUACACAACAACCUGCUCAGCAGGAAUGGCAGCUACUUCCAGAUUGACGGCAACUCGGGCUUUACGGCUGCGAUCGUGGAAAUGCUGCUGCAAAGCCAUGCCGGCGUCGUUCAUCUCGGCCCAGCGAUCCCUCCGAACGGCCAGGGUUUAUCGAGCGGAAGUUUGAAGGGCUGGAUUGCUCGAGGUGGUUUCAAGGUCGACAUGACUUGGUCGGAUGGCGCUGUCACUGGAGCAGAAAUUACUUCCCUCCUGGGCAACAAGCUGAAGAUCAGAGUCGGCAACGGACUUUCCUUCCAGGUCGAUGGAGGUGGUUACAGCACUGCAGAUGGUAGUAUCUCCACCGUCGUGGGUCAGAAGGUUGUCAUCUCGGUCACCUAG